AUGAAUGGGUUAUUCCUUCUGAACUUCUUGAUAUGGUUUCAAUCAAUGAGCUACCUGUACUCAGUUUGGAGGAAGACAAAAGAAUCUGGAGUAGCACAAUUACUGGGGGAUUUCUCUGUUUCUUCUGCAGUUGAGUGUAUCAGAGCAAAGUAUUCAAAAGUGAGCUGGGUACAUCAGGUAUGGAAUUACUCAAUUCAUCCAAAUAUUUCAAGCAAUAUCUGGAAACUUAUAAGAAAUAUUUGCCCAACUGAUGAAAAAAUGAAAACUAGGAAAUUUCAACUUGCUUCUAGAUGUUGUUUUUGUAAGAAAGAUGAGGAAACUCUAGAGCACAAUAUAUGGAAAUGCAACUAUAGUGAGCUAAUUUGGAAGUGGUUAGGAGGGAUGUUUAAUUUCAAGAACCCUAAGUCCUUUGAUGAAGUCUUUAGUUCUGCAAAACAUAAAAGUCUUACAGUUGGUGAAAUAUGGAGAUAUGCUGCUUUCAUUACUCUCAGGGAACUGUGGUUUCAAAGAAAUAGAAGUGUUUAUGAGGAUGAAGUCUUCAAUGAACAAAAUAUUAAAUCAAGAAUCUUGAAACUUACUGCUGAAGGAGAAAUUAGAAUGAAACAGCUCAUGUGGAAUACUGCAUAUGAUCUGCAAAUGCUAAAACAGUUUGGUAUGAAAUGCAGAAGGGUCAAGACUUGUGUUAUUAAAGAGAUUUCCUUCAAAUUGCCUCAGAAGAAUCAACUUCUCUUGUGUUGUGAUGGGGCUUCAAGGGGGAACCCUGGGAAUUCAGGUUAUGGGAUUAUGGCCAGAAAUGAUAAAGGAGAAGUGGUGGUAGCUAUAGAAGGAGGUCUGGGGAUUGCUACUAAUUUCUUUGCAGAAAUUAUGGCAAUUCUUUGUGUAGGAGAAUGGGCUAUCCAUAAUGGUUUCAGAAUCCUUCUUUUCAGUACAGACUCAAAAGCAGUAAUUGCUGCUUUUGAAAAUUUGAGAGUUCCUUGGUUUGCAAUUGCUAGAUGGAAGCAAAUCUGCAACAUUGCUACCAAAUGUGAGUUUCUUCAUAAUUACAGAGAAGUGAACUUCUCUGCAAAUGAUCUAGCUAACAGAGGAGCAACUAUGCAGAGAGGAGAUCAACACAUAUACACAAGCAAACCUCCCUUCCUUGUAAAUCUUGAAAAUGAAAAGCAGAAGUACUUUAGGACAGUUUAA